GAAGAACACGAGAAAGAACAUUCACGACCCUCCACAGGCAACCAAGAUUCCCGACUGUUGAGUUGGAAACAAGUAUAAAAACCACUCCAACCCUUGCAACCAAAUCACCAGCUAGCUCCCUCAACAAACUCUUCUUUCUCAUCGACUACUCCCAUUAUCAGUUUAUCACCAACUCUCAUCCUUCGUUCUUGUAUACGUUCAAUUCCUUCAUUUCCUUAAGGCAGGGAGAAGAUGAGUAGGCCAGGAGAUUGGAAUUGCAGGUCAUGCCAGCACCUGAACUUCAGCUGGCGGGAUUCCUGCCAACGAUGCGGUGACACGAGGAUCGGUGAGAGAGGGGAUUAUGGAGGCUUUGGCGGAAGGGGUGGGUCGGACGUCCGGCCUGGUGACUGGUAUUGCUCCGCCGCGAACUGCGGAGCUCAUAACUUCGCAAGCAGGUCAAGCUGCUUUAAGUGCGGUGCUUUCAAGGAUGAGUCAGCCAGUGGAUAUGAGGGUGACAUGUCAAGACCAAGAGGUUUUGGAUUUGGCACUGGUGGCCGCUCUGCAUGGAGGUCUGGUGAUUGGUUUUGCUCCAGGGCGGACUGCAAUGAGCACAACUUUGCUAGCAGGAUGGAGUGUUUCAGAUGCAACACUCCAAGGGACUUUGGUAACAGAUAGGCCUCCACAUUGAACAUAAAAUUUACAGUUUUGGGUACUGCAGUCUAAGGAGCCAACCAAAUUGGAGAAGGCAGAUUAUAUAAUAUUUGAAGUUACUCCUUUUUGUCCUCUACCUUUGUUUCCUUUUCUUUUUUUUCUUUUUGUGCUUUUAUGGACAUGCCUAGGGUUGUCAGUGUUGAAUUCCAUGUUCUUUUAUGGACAUCCCUUGAAUCCUUGAGCAUGUUGUAAGCUUUCUCGUAACAAGUAUAGCCAUGUAGUUGUGGUAUUCUCAAUCUACUCCCCAGUGUCUUUGUAUGUGUUGGAA